UCAGCUUCCAGCCACGUCAUCGUCGAGCACAACACGCUGAGCGACUUUCCGGUGCCUGUUGGAGAUUCGAAAAUGCCAAUUUUCCGUUGUUCAAUGCAUUGGCGGAUUUCUCGCAUCAAAUUGAGUUGAAUGUCGUAUGGUUGAAAUGGAAAUGAGAAUUCGUCCAUUCUGCUGGGAUAGAGUGAGAGAUCAUUUAUUUCGAAGAUUCCAAGCAACAAGUUGAUGGGAAGACCAUCAAAUAAUGCAUGAGCGUUCGACAAGAACAGGAAAACCUCGGACCAACAACGUUUUCAAAUACGAGCAACAUCAGCAGAAGUAUCCCAUCGGAUUGUAUGGUGAUAAUAGGUGGCACAAUUCCUGCCUCACAUCACUCGUUCCCUGGUAUGGAACAUGAUCGUUCAUUGUUCGAUGCGUCGUCUUCUUCUUCAAAUGGAGGAGGAUUAUCGCAAUUUGUUGAGCAACGUGAUACAAAUGACGAUGAACGAGAGAUUGAGGCCGCCGCUGCAGCGUCAGAAGCUCAACUAAAGUCAUCAUUUGUCGCAUCGACGUCUGUCGGUGUUCCAACCAGUCAAACACUCUCUCCGUUACACAUAAAUGUCAACGAGUACACGAAGCCGAAUUUGACCUCAACAAAUUUCCGCGACUCUGAACAACCAUCAAGCAAUGGAUCCCACGGCGGUACAACAGCACGAAAAAAACCUUAUCCACAACCGACAAUUCGUGUGGCUCAGCGAGCACCAAUUAUCAUGGGACCGCCGAGUAACACGAAUACGCAGGUGCUGUUGAGUCCUGCUGGAAAUUUGCAUAAUGGAUAUCAGAGAAUGUCAUCUGGAGACUCUGCACCAUCAUCACCAAGCCUAAUGGGUCGCAACAAAUCCAACAGUCAAUUCACGAAUCCCUUAUCCUUCCGAAAUCUUCCUCCUGGAGCUCAACGAGCCCCGAACACAUCGACAAGUCGACCGCCGAGCUCGUUAGCUUCUCCAUUGGGUGGAAGCGGUCGAAAGGAUCACGAGAUGACGCGACGACGAGCUCUGGUGGAUAGAAUAAUAAAGUCUCGUGGACCGGAUUAUGUGCAUUUACUACCACAAACUGAAGGUCUCUCGCAUACACAGACAUCGAUAUUACUCAGGAAGCAUCGAGGAACACUUCACACUGAGGGAAUGCCAUUUUCAAUGCAAACGUUGAUAGAAUGCUCUUCGGAGCCCGAUAGAACUCGGGAAACAUUUGUGAAAAGGAUUAGAGAUUUGAAUCAGAAGAGGAUUAGGCAUAAUGAUAUGGAUGAACUAACUGAUAUAAGUGAUUUGGAUGAUGAUUUGAAUGACGAGGCAGAGGAACACCGAAAAUCGCCGAAAAAUGUGCCACGAUGGGCUCCGAAACGGAUGAGAUACGCGGGAUUGCUCUCCCGGGCUGAGGUGUUGCUUGCCGAGAAGCAGGCUUUACUGGGAAUGCUUAAAAGUCAGAAAGUAGUGUUGAAUGCGUCGAGUGGUGUACGAUUUGCUGGAGAAGAAUUGAUACCGAGGAGACGGAGACAAUUGAAUGGAACUUACUUUUUGUAUGAUAAAUCACCGAUGCGCAGGACAAGCGUCUCACAGUUUGGAUGUUCCCGGGCAAUGCCGAUUCAGUCGUGGACGAGGAGAGAAUUGAGAAAAGGCGUUUUUGAAGAAUCAAAAGACGAAAGGCCGUUGAACAAUGCUUCUUCAAUAUUAAAACCAACUACAAAUCCACUGGAAAAAUGGGUUGCCACGUCACAAUACAAUAUUGUAUCACAUUUGACGGCUGGUGGUGAGAAACGAGAAUUUAUGGAGUACGAUUACGAGGAAUAUAAGCAUGGAGAGGGUCUUCAACGGGUCAAUGAAUUAUCGGCAAUUGAUCCGAUGGAAUUUGUGAUUUCUGCGGAUUUCACUCCAUUCGAAGAUCGCCAAAUGACAUAUAUGCAUCGAUUGUCGACGGCUCCAUCAAGUACAAUUCGUAAAAAGCACGGGAAGGCGAUUUAUUUCGAGACGGACGACCAUGGGAAACCGCUGGAACACAAUAGCUCCGUCGUCACAAAGAAAAAAGUGGACAAAAAGAAGGAACGUAAACCAAUGGAAGAAGUCAGUAGUGAUGAAGAAGAACUCAAGGAAUUAUCCAAAAAACGGCCACGUGGCAGACCAGCAACUGCAAAAAGGAAACCAUCGAAAAUGUCUGUGGCAGCAAAACUCAAUAAUGGAAUCUAUCUCGAUUAUUUAUUUGAAGAUUUUAUGAAUGAGGAUAUUUGUGUGUCACAAUUGCCUACGUUGGUGUCUUAUCAGAGUAUUCACGUACCCACCUACCGUACCAUUCCCGACGACUAUUGGCAAGAUAAAGAACCAACGGACGGAAUUGUUAAGCAGGAAGAAGCUGAAGAGAAAGAAAAAUCAUCAGAUGAUCUUCUGAUUACUGUAGCCAAGAAACAUCAUAAGCUGAUGCAUGCCGAACGGGAAAGGAUUAAGAGAGAAACGGACAAACGAAUAAGAAAUCGUCAACCAGCUCAAAAAUCGGCGGCCGCCACACCAGCACACAGCUCAUCAUUCGCAGUACCAAAUGCCGGAGAAGUUGAAGACGACGAAGACGGCAAUCAAUAUCCACCAUUUGAUAUGAAUCAAUUUGAAUUGGAUGCUGCAGUUGUGUCAAGGCGUCGUUUUGCUUCUGUCGAGAAACCAUUUGAGCAACGCGAUUUUCUCAAUAAUCAUCGAAAGAAAUCCACCAUCAAUACCGAGUUAACCAGCAAAUAGUGUCAUUUUUCCCCAUUUUUUCUUUUUUUUUUCUGAAGCAGCUUUUGAAUUUGGAAAUUUUGAAAUUGAAAAUUGUGAAAUAUUCCUAAAAUUGCAAAUUUUUCGACGAAAAAAUAUCAAGAUUUUAGCAUUUAAUUUACAGUUUUUAAAGGGAAAACACGCCAAAAAAGUUCUCAAAAAAUCUUGAAUAAUGCGCAUUUUUUCCUCUAAAAAUAUACAAAAUUCUGGAUAAAAUUACUGAAAUCUCCAUUUUUGACGUAAAUUGAGAUUUAAUUUGGUAAUUUCCAGUGUUUUUUAACGCCAAAAAAUUCAGAUUUCCUAUGAAAAAUCUAGAAACUUGUACAUUUUUAGCAGGUUUUUCCCCCUGAAAAAAAAUUUUUUUAAUUCAAAAAUUCUUGAAAUGCCGAAUUUUGAUUUUUCUCGCGUUUUCCAUGUCAAAAUUCAAAUUUAUUUCUCAUUUCGAAAGCUUCUUCAUCUUCAUUUUCUCCAGAAUCCCAUCCCAUCCUAAACAUGAAUCUCUGUCACAUCUCAUUUCGCACUUUUUCGUUUUUUCCCCAUUUUUUCCAUUACGACGAUCUCUCGUUUUUUAAAAUUAAUUUUUGUUUUUUUUUUGAGUGUAGCACUUUGCCUACAUUACUGUAAAAUUAGAAAAUUUCAUAGUUUUUUGCAGAUUUUUUUUGGAAGAAAACUGGCAGUUUUUGGGAGAAUUUUUGGAUUUUUUCCAACCCAAAAAUGUCUGAAAUUUGGAACAAAAAUUGAGAAAAAAAAACCUUUUUUUCUUAAUUUUUCUCACUUUUUUGAGUCUCAAAAUUAAGAAAAAUUCAAAUUCCCAACCCGAAAAAUUGCACAUUUUCCCCAAAAUUCUUCUGCCACGUCACAAAUAUCAUCACCCGGUCCCCGUAAUUUCCCAUAAAACAAGCCUCUAAUUCAUUUUCCCACCCAAUUAUCCGCUGUUGAUUUGUUGUUCAAUGUUUUUUUUUCGGUACCUCACUUAUUUUAUAUAUAUAUAUUUAAAUAUUAUCACAACUAGAACCUUUUCCUUCUCCUCUUCCUGCUGAGCCAUCUCAUUCUCAAUUUGUAACGACUAAAAAUUCCCAAAUUUUUGUGCGCAUUUUUUUUCAUUAUUAUUAUUAUUACUACCAUAUUAUUUCUCAUCAUUUGAAAGAAAAAUGCCGGUUUUAUUUA